AUGGUUAUCGCCAAGAAAGCCGUCCUGAAUGUGACCGCACAGCAGAGCCGUUUCCACGCACAGAAACAAGAAUAUACUUCUACAGAGAUUACAGUCAAAGACCUCAGCAUCACAAUCGGCAACCAUGAGAUAUUAAGCCAUGCCGAACUACAGCUACAUCCAGGUCGACACUACGUCCUGGUUGGCCGCAAUGGCGUGGGGAAGUCGACACUCCUCAGAGCCAUGGCCGAAGGACUCAUCCCUAGUAUACCCGCAGCUACACGCAUACUACUUCUCGGUCAAGUGCAAGAGGACGAAGACGAUGGUUCUUCUGCGCCAUCCUUACCGGACGAGACUGUCCUCGAACAUGUUUUGCGCAGUGACAAGCAUCGCCGGCGUCUGCUGUGUGAAGCAAGUAGGUUGUCAGUGGCCAUGGACAACGUCGAGGAUCCUGCUGUAUUGCUAAAGGUGUACCGGGGAUUGAAACGCGAGCGAUUGCAACAUGAUGUUGACGAAGCGAGACGGCGGGCUUCAAAGACGAGUGGGGUGAGGGGCUUGGGCGCAAGAAAGGAGCUGACACACUUGGAAGGAGAGUUGGCCAUUUCUUCCAUGAGGCUUGACCAACUAAACAUUUCAAAUGCUCUUGAAGCCGAAGAGGCUGCGACAGUCAAGGAAGAGAUGCAGAGCGCCAUCGAUAUGCUGACCGAUGUGCAAGCAUCUCUAGUAUCGAUAGAUGCCUCGGGCGCCGAAGCGAGAGCACGUACUGUAUUGCUUGGAUUAGGCUUCUCAACACAACGCAUAGAGAACCCCGUGUCUCAACUAUCCGGAGGCUGGAAGACUCGUUGCAGUCUGGCAUGUGCGCUUUGCCAAUCGUCGGACCUCCUUCUCUUGGACGAACCAACCAAUUUCCUCGACUUGCCGUCCAUCAUCUGGUUAGAAAAAUACAUCCAAACGCUCGAUUCUCAAGUCACCCUGAUCACAGUAACGCAUGAUCGGUCGUUCGCAGACGGAGUCGCAGACGAACUUCUCGUCUUACGAAACCAGAGGAUAGAAAACUUCAAGGGCAACGUAUCCGGCUACGAGAUUGCAAGAUGGCGAUCUUACAGAUAUCUCAGUAGGAUACAAGCCGCUCAAGAAAAGCAAAAGAAACACAUGCAAACGACCAUCGACCAGAACCUCAAGAUGGCAAAGCGCUCGGGAGACGACAAGAAGCUCAAGCAAGUGUCCUCGCGGAAGAAGAAAUUGAAUGAGAGAAUGGGUAUGGAGGUUUCGGCCAAGGGCACGAGAUUCAAGCUUAACAGAGACAGAGCUGGGUGGCAUGACAGCCUGCGGGACGCCAUCGAGGUUCCUGACUUUGAUCCUCUACCACGCAUGGCAUUCCCUGUCUGUCCAUCUGACCUUCGUUUCCCUGGUGCUCUGGUUUCUCUCGAAGACGUCUGCUUUGACCAUCGUGUUGCCAGAACGCAAGUACCCAUCUUGCGCGAUGUCAACUUCAACAUUCAUCUGGGAGAGCGAGUAGGAAUUGUGGGCAUGAACGGCUCUGGAAAAUCUACCUUGGUCUCAUUGAUGAUUGCAGACUCACAAAACAGCGCGGAAAGUGUUACGGCGAGCAAAGGUAAUAUCGUGCGGCACACUAGAGCAAAGAUUGGCCUGUAUUCGCAGCAGGCCGUCGAAGAACUUCAAAACAUUGCUUUGGCAGAAUCCAGGCUGACGGCAUUAUCGCACCUGCUGGAGUUUGCGGGCGGAGAUCUCUCGGAACAGGAAGCACGCGGCCUCCUGUCUUCUCUGGGCCUUGCCGGCAAAGUGACAUCAGAGGUGCCCAUGAGCAGUCUCUCGGGCGGGCAAAAAGUGCGAUUGGCGCUGGCCAAAGUGCUGUACGACCCACCUCACCUGCUCAUUCUGGACGAGGUCACUACACAUCUGGAUCCAGACAGUAUACAAGCACUUGCUCUCAGGCUUCGAGAGUACCAAGGAGCCAUCUUGCUCAUUACGCAUGAUCGCUUCUUCAUGCGGUGCGUGGUGGAAGGUGAGUCACCUAAAAGCUCGACCGAGGGCGUCGAAGAUGAGUCGCCAAAGGAUUCAGACAGCAGCGGAGAAGGCCUACCAGAAUGUGGAGAAGUAUAUCGUCUGUUCAAGACGAAACUGAGGAAGCUGGCAAGUGGUAUGCAGCAGUACGAAGACAUGGGGGCGAAGCUGUUGUCCUGA